GGAUCAACCUAUUCUUUUCAGCCCCUUCAAUGAUCCUAUUGAUGACUGAUAUGAACACUUUUACACAAUUGGGAGCUUUGGCAUUGCCAAAGUUGGGCCAACUGUUCUCCCAAAAAAGAGUUGAAAAAUCCAAGAUUUACCCUAUAAAAUGCGCACACACGGGCGACCAAGUUGGAAAUUUUCCUGACCUACCAGAUUGGAAACCUUGCCAAGGAAAUGCUGAUGCAUUGGUGAAGUUGGUGUGACCGCAAAAGUUUUGUACAUGGCUUUCUUGGAUCCUGGUUCUCUCACCAUAUGCGGAAGAGAAAGAGAGAGAGAGAGAGUCCAAGAGGAUCAAACACAGGAACCAAGUGAGAAGGAUACUCUGCAAAUUUUUUACCUGAGGGUCAUUGCCUGAAUGACAGGAGCCAAGAGGCAAUUCUGAGCUAGGAGCGCUAGUUCAAGUAUCACGGGAAAGAGAUCAUCGAAAAGCCCCAGGCUAUACGAGAAGUACCAGUUGGGUUGCAUGUCUUGGGAUUUGAUGAACGUUCCUGAGCUUCUGCCUGGUCGUUUACAUAUGAAGCUGCUCACAGAUGCGAGGCAUUCAGAGAAUAGGCACAACCAUGACGAUGUGCAUAUGAAAGGGAGACCUAAAACUCUUCACACGUCGGAUAAGAAGAGCCAAGGUGCUGUUGGCGAACAGGAUCACACAACUUCGGUUGUCAAGUUCAGAGAUGAAUGUGUAAAUAAAAUGAGGCAAAAGGAGAGGCUCAUGAGCAACCGGUUAAAGAGAGAGAAUGCUGAAGCAAAACAGGAAAUGAAACAUUUUCUCGAGACUCCAAGUCACUCAUCCAAAAGCCUAGGGAAGACACACCGUAGGCGUCGACGAAAUGAUUCAAAUAUGGGUUCUCCACGGAAACUUCCCCAUCCUAUGUUAGUGGAUGGACCUUCUCAGUCGACAUUCAGAGGACUAUUUUGCCAUCAGGUACACCCCAGAAGCGGAGGAGGGAUUGGCUGUAGAAGCAUCAGUGUGGCAGUAAAUAAAGAUUUGAAGAAGACGAAUGUCCAAUCCCUUCAUAGGAACGAAGUGGCGGAGGCACUGGUAAAUCAGAAGUUCGUCAACGGUGGCCACUUUGGUGAUGAUCGGACGGGCCACAAGUCUAAGCAAUUCUUGGAAGCGUUGCACGUGCUGAAUUCCAACAAACAAUUAUUCUCUAAACUCCUGGAUGACCGAGACUCUGUAUUAGCGAAGCACAUCCAAGAAUUGCGGGACUCUCAGGAAAAAGAACAAAAGUGUGAUAGUACUAUUGAUACAAGUGUGAUUCAAGAGAAAAGUACAGGUAUGCUUUCCUGGAAGAAGAUCAUGAGCUGGGGAAAACUCCGUCCCAAGAGAAGCAGUGAAGAGCACUUUUCAACAGUGGUUUUAGGGCCUGGACCACAAAGCGCAGGAAACAUCGAGAAAAGCGGCUCAUCUUCACAAACAAACAAUAGCAUAAGAAAUGAGGUCCCAGCCAUUAGACAGUCACACUUUCCAUUUCAAGGUUUGAGAAGGAAAACGAGGAAUGCUACUGAGCUAAGAAGAACAAAGAAGGGACAGAUGCCUAAAUUUUCAGUUGAUAUCGAGAUGAAAGAUAUUGCAGGUGAGCAUGACAGUCCCCGAGCGAAAAUCGGACGUGAAUCUGCUACAACAGGCGGAGGUGCUUGUCCAGGAAGUCACAGAGAUCACAAGGAAGUAAACUUCAAUAUGGCUGAAGCUAGGAUACAUCUCUCUCAGCCAUUAAGUAAAGAUCUGAAUAAAAAGGUUUCUGAAGAGCAGUUCAUUAAUACAAGAAGGAGGUCACUCUCUUUGCCUGGGCAAGACUUGUUGUCCUUCCUCAAUUCCGGGAGAACCGAAGAAGUUGGGAUGUUUACCGCUCAGAUGAGGUUCAGCUCCUACAGCUACUAUCUAAACAAUCAGAACAGACUGGGGAUUCACAAGGAAAAUGAUAAUAAUGUUCCGAGCCCACCGAGGCCAAAUGAGGAGGUCCCCACGCUGAAUGAUGAUACUUGCAGGAAUCCCGAUGAUCCGUUUAAUCAUGCUAAAGCAAACCUAGAAAUGCAAGAGAAACUUCUCGAAACUGAAAUGCAUGAAAUUACCCCUUUCCCUUUUGAUUCAGGCUCCGAAGAUAUAUCUUUACCUUGCGAGCUUGGUCAAGCUCCUUCUAACCAGGCGCAUCUUGGCAUUGCUGAAGAAUCUGUUAUUGCAGAAACAACAAAUAAUAUGCUCCCAAAUAGUGUCAAUCCUUUCAAAGAACCUGAAGCAUUGAAUUGCGGGCCAUAUUGUUGCGCUAAUCAGAGCAUCAGUGCAACUAAGGACCCCCACAAAGGAGAAUGCUUAUGUUGCUUUGAAUUGGAUUCACCUCUACAAAAUCAACCGGAAACUUCUUUGGUGGAUGAUUCCUUAUUAAGAGCUACAAAUGCCCAGAAUGCAGAUAAUGUGAUUACUUCCAGAACUACUGUGAGCUUGGAUAGAACCAUGUCUGAACCGGCUGAUCCACCAUCAGGGUCACCUGAAAUUGCUUUAGUGACUUCCCCAUCAGACUCCAAAUUUUCUACCAAUAAGGCUGAUGAUAAGCUUGGAUUCACAUCUGAGUAUGUGAGGUCACUUUUGAUAGCUUCGGAUUUGAACUGGAAUGAACUCCUGGUGAAGUACCCCGAGUCGGAGCAAUUUCUUCCCCCGUUUUUAUUUAGUGCAAUAGGGACGCAGCCAGAUCGGUCCGGCAUCGAUCACACGCUCCUCUUUGAUUAUGUUGAUGAAAUCCUCCAAGAAGUUGCAAACGAGUGGUAUUUCAGAUUUCUCAGACUAAAUACUAAGAUGGUUCCACCAGAUGAAAAUGUGGCUCGUGAGGCGAUCAAAUGGGUAGAUUGGAACCUCGUCUUCCAAACGAGGUUAGGCACUUUGGAGCAGCUCGUCAAAGAGGACUUGGCAAAGCCUCAAGUUUGGGUGGAUACUCGAAAGGAUGCCGAAGGAAUUGUUAACAAGAUGGUAGAGAGCAUCCUAGAGGAUAUAAUAGAGGAGAUGGAGUCGAAUUGCUAAUAUGAAGGGGAACUUUUGUACCGAGGAUUAAAUGAUGAUCGGAAAUCCCGCAAAAAAGCAGCAGCCAUCAGUGAAUUUUCCUGUAAUUAUAUUUAAUGAUGUGUGGAAAAAGCUUGAGAUGGACCAAGAAACUAGCGAGUUUUGUUGUAAGGCCAAGGAUUCAUCUGUGGCGCCAUCAAGUUCACUCGAUGGAUCCAAGUUACAAUUACUCA